AACAAGAUGAUUUCGGGUACGAUAGCGAACAUCACCAGUAUCCUUCAAGGUGCGGGAGAUUCGUGGAGACUCUCGAAAGAUAGGAAUCUUCAGGAGCUUCGUUCUACGAUCAUUCACACAAAUCCACGAUACGAGAAUUACUCGAGUACGAUCGCCUUCUUCAGAGAUGAAAACGCGCUGGACCGCCGGGAUUCCCUGUACAUCGUAUUACCGAUCACAGUGAUCUAUGUUGUGAUCUUCUUCACCGGCUUAAUCGGCAAUAUCUCCACGUGCGUGGUGAUCGCGCGCAACAAGUCCAUGCAUACCGCUACCAAUUAUUAUCUCUUUAGUCUCGCAGUGUCUGACCUGCUGCUACUCGUGUUCGGAUUGCCACCGGAGAUGUAUUACAUAUGGUCGCAUUUUCCGUAUGUCUUCGGCGAGGCAUUCUGUAUUAUUCAGAGCUUCGCUUCAGAGACCUCGGCUAAUGCCACCGUUCUCACCAUCACGGCCUUCACUAUCGAGAGGUACGUGGCGAUCUGUCAUCCCUUUAUUUCACAUACAAUGUCGAAACUAUCACGGGCGAUAAAGUUUGUGGUGGCGAUAUGGCUGUUGGCUCUCUGCCUCGCCAUACCACAGGCUAUUCAAUUUGGUAUCGUCUAUUACGUCGAUUACGCCGACAACGACACCGCUGUCCUGGACAGUGCCAGGUGCUCACUACGGUGGACAUUAAUCGAGCACGCGUUUGAGAUCUCAACUAUCCUAUUCUUUGUGCUGCCGAUGACGAUCAUCACCGUGCUGUACGUGUUGAUCGCCAUCAAAUUGCGACGCUCGAGCCUGCUAUCCACCACCGUCAGUAAAAGGCAUCAUAUUCACGGUGUAUUGAAUCACGUGGACAGCAGCAGAGGGAAAACGAACGCUCAAAGGAACGUUAUUCGCAUGCUUGUUGCGGUGGUGGUGGCCUUUUUCAUCUGCUGGGCGCCAUUUCACGCUCAAAGGCUGCUGGCUGUGUACGCUCAGAACAGCUCGUCUGAACCGGAAGAUACUAUGGUCAUAGUCUACACCACGCUCACGUAUGUGUCGGGAGUGUUCUACUAUUUAUCUACCACAGUGAAUCCUCUCCUUUACAAUAUCAUGUCUAACAAGUUCAGAGAAGCUUUCAAGUCGAUGCUGCCCAAGUAUUGCAUCAGGAAGUUCUCGUCUCACAAGGUCAUUCAUCGACAACCGACUUAUAGCAGUUUGUCGCGGUAUCAGAGAUCAAUAAGGCAUCGAUUCGAUGAUGCUCAACACUCGCCCUCGGUAUCCAUCAGCGACGAACAGCAACGAUUAACGCAUAUCGCACUGGCGAACACGAAUUUCUGUGAGCCAAAUGGACUCGUAAAGUCGCAGAACGAACGAGAGGGACAACCUGCGAUUAAAGAAACCGUAGCCUGUCGAGAUUAUACCAGAAGAGUGUCCAGAGACUCUGACUGCAGCCAACUUACCAUGAUGACAACGUUGAGCAAGCAGGGCCUGAACAGUGAGGGCAACAAUAACGCGAACGAGUGGAUUCAGAGAUCGCCGAAAGCUGUCACUUUAGGAAUCCUCACGGAGAGAUUGGGCAUUGGUACAAAAGGAUUCUUCACGCUACACCGGAAGAAUUUGUUAGCUAGCCCGAAACCAAAAUUGGAAACCGUCAUUGCGAUGCGACCACAAUUUCAGAGUCAUCCGAGCAUUGAGAGCGCCAAUACGAUGAGCAACUCCAGUCUGCAGGACUUUGACGAGACCGAGUUCACCGGAACGGAAUCGUCGCCUUACACACACACAUACACACACAUGGGCGAGUUAAAUUUCGAACUCGUCACUUGACGUCCAUUUAUCUCGGCAAAACGCCGUCUCUCGAAUUAGACGCCGAGCUCAAAUCAAAUAAUGCUCUUUGGUUGUGGAAACCGCGGCGCAGGAACUUCUAAUCUAAGAGAAGGCCACAAUGGAGGCAAAUCUCAAUGCAACACGGAUUUAGCUACGUUCUAAACAAUGCACAGUUGCAUUAUCGAGAUGAAUCAGCGGAAUUCACAUCAAAGAUAAGAAAAUAU